GAUAAGAUCCAGCCAUGGGACAGUUCACAUCCAAACGUGACAGGAUGGGCUCAGGCAAUCGCCGACAGGUUAAUUUCUCCUUCAACGAGGGCAAACCUCCAAACAACCUGGACUUUAGCAGUAGACGGGACAGUGACUUCCCGAUUCCUCCACCCAUUUCUGUCAUGAACGUGGAGUCAAGUGAAUUGGAGCGCCGGGGCUCGAGGGCGGAGUUGCGCAGAUCCUCUAUCUACAGCACUUUAGACCUGGUGCCACAGCUGGAGUAUUAUGCUAGCACGCUGCCGCGCCAGCAGCGUAUAAGUCGACCUUCUCUGGUAGCUCUCCGCAAGACAUUUGAUGAGGUGGAAGCAGGCAGAGCAAACGCCACCACGGACUCAGGGAGCAGUCAGCCAGACAGUGGAAAUGAAUCACAGGGUCACCAGGGGAAAGCUCCCGUUCAGUUUGGUUGGGUGAUCGGGGUCAUGCUUCGUUGCAUGUUGAAUAUGUGGGGGGUCAUCCUGCUUCUCCGGCUGUCGUGGAUCACGUCCCAGGCUGGAAUCUUAUUGACCUGGCUGAUUAUCCUCUUGUCUAUGAUGGUGACCUCAGUAACAGCUCUCUCCAUCUCUGCCAUAGCCACCAACGGGAGAGUGACCUCAGGUGGAACCUACGUCAUGAUCUCACGCUCUCUGGGUCCUGAAAUUGGCGGCCCGGUUGGGAUGAUCUUCUCAUUCGCGAACACUCUGGCUUGUGCGCUCAGCACAGUUGGAUUUGCAGAAGUGGUCAGUGAAUUAAUGCAGGAGUUUGGUGUCACAAUAGUCGACCCCACCAAUGACGUGCGAAUUGUGGGUGUUAUCACUGUGACGGCUCUUCUGCUCAUUUCAUUUGCUGGAAUAAAGUGGGAUUCUAAGACAUAUAUUUUGGCUUUUAUGUUUGUAUAUAUAGUCUCUUUUUCCAACUACUUUGUGGGCACAUUCAUUCCACCCAGUCAAGAGAAACAGGCCCAGGGCAUCUUUGGUUAUCGCAGUGAAGUCUUCAUAUCAAACCUGAAACCAGACUGGCGGGGACCUGAAGGCACCUUUUUCCAGAUGUUUGCCGUUUUCUUCCCCUCCACCAUUGGCAUCCUGUGUGGAGCAAACAUCUGUGAAAACCUCAAAGACUCUAGUACUGCUAUCCCCAAAGGCAGCCUCAUGGCCAUUUUCUGGACCACAAUCAGCUACUUAGCUAUUUCUGCAACUGCAGGGUCAUUUGUCAUACGAGAUGCUUCCGGGAAUAUCAGUGAUAUUCUGCCUGGAAACAAUACCGAUGUCUGCGUGGAUCUGGGAUGUAACCUGGGAUGGAACUUUACGGCGUGCAUCGAGUCGCAGUCUUGUAAAUAUGGUCUGGCCAACAGUUUAAAGGUACUGGGGCAAGCGUCAGGUUACUCCUACCUCGGCACAGCCGGUAUCUUUGUGGCCAGUUUGUCGUCUGCCCUUGGCUUUUUUGUCUCGGCGCCUAAAAUCUUUCAGCAUCUGUGCAGAGACAACUUAUACCCAUACAUUGGAUUCUUUGCGAAGGGUUAUGGGAAAAAUGACAAGCCACUUCGCGCCUACAUCCUUUGCUACUUUGUUGCUAUGGCCUUCAUACUCAUUGCUGAGCUGAACACAAUCGCCGUCUUGAUCUCUAACUUCUUCCUGUGUUCGUACUGCCUCAUCAACUUCAGCUGCUUUCACGCUUCAAUCACCAACUCACCUGGUUGGAGGCCAUCAUUUCACUAUUACACAAAGUGGACGGCCUUGUUUGGGGCAGUGAGCUCUGUGGUGCUGAUGUUCCUGUUCACUUGGUGGGCUGCUCUCACCACCGCCUGUGUUAUCUUCUUCCUGUUUGGAUAUGUCAACUACAACAAGCCAAAGGUGAAUUGGGGCUCGUCGGUCCAGGCAAGUAUAUACAACAUGGCCUUGUCCUACUCUGUCUCUCUCUCUGAUGUGGAGGAUCAUGUCAAGAACUUCAGACCGCAGUGUCUCGUCAUGACUGGUCCACCAAACCAGCGACCGGCUCUGGUGGACUUUGUCAGCUCCUUCACCAAGAACAUGAGCCUCAUGAUCUGUGGAGACAUCAUCAUGGAGCAGGACAGACAGACUCGGCUGCCGGAUGCCACUGAGUGGCUGGUGAAGUGGUUGAACAGGAGGAGGGUGCGCUCGUUUUAUACUCCUUUCAGUGCGGACGGCCUCAGAGUUGGCGCUCGACAACUAAUGCAGGCUUCAGGUCUUGGCAAAUUAAAGCCGAACACUCUGGUCCUGGGCUUCAAGACAAACUGGAGGGAAAGUUCUCCAGAAAGCAUCGAAGAUUAUACCAACACAUUAUAUGACACCUUCGACUCCAGUCACUGCGUAUGUGUCUUGAGGAUGAUGGACGGCCUGGAUAUCUCCGAUCCUUUUGACUUUGAAGUGAACCACGGCUUUGAACCCGACAACACUGUGACAGACGACAAACACCAACUUCCUGACAUAGAAUCAGUCGACAACAUUCCCACUCAAGGUGACGGUGACCAGGUCAGGACGGUGUUUCAGAACGACCAGGGGAAGAAGACCAUCGACGUCUACUGGGUAGCUGACGAUGGAGGUCUGACCCUGCUCGUGCCGCACCUGCUCACCAGGAGAAAAUGCUGGCGCCACAGCAAAGUCAGGGUCUUCAUCUUGGGAGACGAGCACAACAUGGAGGAAGGACGCAACAAGAUGAUCGCUCUGCUGAAGAGGUUCCGUCUGGACUUUGAUGACGUCAUAGUCCUAACAGACAGCGAGAGGAACCCACAUGCGAAAAACCUGAGCAGGUUUAUGGACAAUGUCGCCCCCUUCCGACUGCAUGAUGAACAACAGGAAGACGUCUCGAUCGAUGAGCUGAGACAAAGAGAGCCGUGGAAAAUGUCAGACAAGGAGUUUGAGGCCUUCCAGCUGAGGUCUGAGAGGAAAGUGAGGCUGAAUGAAAUCAUCCGCAGGAAUUCACAACACGCUGCACUCGUGCUUGUGAGCCUUCCCGUACCACAGUGUGGCUGCCCCAGUGCUCUGUACAUGGCCUGGCUGGACACUCUGACCUGCGGCCUCCACUGUCCCGCAGUGCUGAUACGAGGAAACCAGCAGGACGUCCUCACUUUCUACUGCCAGUAAAAAAAAAAAUAUUUGAGGGUGCAUUCACACCCAAUAAAAGUUCAGCUGAGGGAAAAUUCAUUUUUCAGCUGGUUCGGUUCAACUGACAAAGGCAAAUCUCAAACACUAUAAAGUCAUGUGACCGCUCGGUCAAAGGUCAGACAUAAUAUAGACAUGUAGUAAAAACUCAAAUCUCUCUGGAUGUUUAUGUUAAGGAGCAUUGGCAGGUUUAUCUUUAUCUGUUCUGGUGAUGAGCAGCACCCUGAAGGCCGGUCCGAACUCUCAUCCAUGUUUCCCAUUGAAGAGGAGAGAAGCCGCCUCGCCUUGGAAACGCGCUGGUUUACCAGCAGAGGAGGACAAGUUGAGUUCCGUCUAUCACGGUCCUCCCUUCUCAUCACUUACAGACGUGGAUGAGAAAGAACUAUGAGGCGUCAGCCAUAAAUACUACGCUUCCAGUGAAAGGUGCGGAUUCAGAGUUCACUUGCAAGCGGUGUGAGACCUCUUCUUUCAACCAGACCAGACUUCGGUUGUCUGAUCCGCAUCAGAAGUCUCGGACUACAUUCAAAGAAGUCUUACUGAGGAGGAAAAAGCCCCAGGGUUUGAUGACAUGAAGUUCAAACAUUGGCCUGGAAGGACUAGAUACACAGUUCAUACUUUUAUUUUAUGACUCUCCCUUUGGUAGAACUCACAGUUUUCAAUGGGUCUGAACCACAUUUGUAUGGUGUCCCACAAGGCUCUGUACUUGAUCCCCUUUGUUUUGAAAAACAACGUUGUUUUUUUGUGAGAUGAAUGCAAUAUAUUGACGUUGAUAUUUUCAUUAUUGUAAUUAAAAAGGAUUGUUAAUGUAAAUGGGAUUUAAAUAGUUAAGUCCAUAUUCCAUUUUGGCGUUUAUCAACCCCUUCAUUGGACAUUUAGAGGUUAAUGCACAUCAGUCAUGGUGAUUAAUGCUAAGAAAUGUAACUUAGAUGAUAUAAAAAAAAUGUCAGAGCCUAUUUUUUUAUUUGUAUAUGCAAGAAAAUAUUCACGAGAACUCACUCUACUGUAAACCCAUUGGUUAUUGAUGACGCAAAUUUAAUUGACAUAAUGUACAUAAAUACAUAAAUGUACUUUGUUACUUUUUAUGUCUUGGAUAUAAAAGUAGUUAAAGUGGUUAAAUGUGUUUAAAUAUUCACUAAAUACAAAAUAUUAAAGUAUUUUUAUUAUGUUUUAUUUUCUCAUGAAACUAAAGGUCCAUAUAAUAUAGAUAUUCACGAUAACCAUGUCUGAAAUCCUGCUCCAAAUAAAAUGAAAUUAAAGUAAAAGGAAUUUAG